AUGAGUAAAGAUAGAAAUAUCCUUCAGGAUUUCCCUCUAGCGGAAAAUCCAGAGCAGGCUGCUCAAACAAGUAACUUGGUCGAAGACUUUACACGUUUCCGCGAAGCCCCUAUCGAGUCUCUGCGCACUCUGCUCAAACAUAUCACAGGAUCUUCAUGGCGCUCAUACGACAAUUACAUUGGCCAGCAGCUUUAUACCCAAGGUGUAACUGAGUUUUUUAAACAACAAACUCUUGCAAACCCUGCUCUUCAAGAGAAAAUUAACCAACUGGCUAAUGCACAACUCGAUUUAGAACUCCCACUACCAACAGACCAACAACUCCCCCAAGAAAAUAUCUCAGACAAGUCUCAAAGCAAAUCUGCAGAAAGACAACGUCGUGCACUUGAAAAACUCAUCAAUGCCCGUGCUCAAAGGUACCCUCAACUUCAACAAUGGCUUAACGAUAUGGCUAACCGUAUGGUGGAUGAAAUGUCCUCCACUUUUGAUCACAAGUCUGUUCUCCGUUUUAUGUACUAUAUUGUCGCCCAAAUAUUCUCUAGAACUUACCACCAAGGAGUCCAUGUUAAUAUGGACCAAGUCAAUUCUCUUCGUGCAAAAGCCGCAGAACUCCAAAAGAAAAACCAGUCCCUCAUCUUUCUCCCCUGCCACAAGUCACAUAUUGACUACAUGUCUAUCCAGUUUAUUUGCUUUCGCAUCGGAAUUUCUCUACCAUCUGUAGUUGCUGGUGAUAACCUCAACUUUGCUGUUGUUGGUCCACUUAUCCGCCAAUGUGGUGCUCUUUUCAUUCGUCGUUCUUUUGGAAACGAUAAACUUUACAAUGCUACUAUGCAAGCCUUUGUCGAAAUGCUUCUUUCCAACGGCUACAAUUUAGAAUGCUUCAUUGAAGGUACUCGCUCUAGAACAGGCAAGCUUCUUCCUCCUAAAUACGGAAUUAUCAAGUUUAUUGUCGAAAGCAUUCUAUCUGGCCGCGUGGAAGACGCUUGGAUCGCACCAGUCUCUACCCAAUAUGACAAGGUGGCAGAAGCUGAAUCUUAUGCUACAGAACUCCUUGGUAAGGAAAAACAACGCGAAAAUUUUUCUCAGUUUCUUUCUGCUCGUAAAAUUUUUGCUCUCCAAAUGGGUCGCGUCGACGUUCGUUUCCACAAACCUUGGUCCCUCAGAGACUUUAUUACCACUCAGGUAUCAAGAGAUCUUGCACGCUCAGCAAUGUCUACUGAACUUCUCUUGGCCAAAACUGAAGAUACAAACAUUGCACUUAACCCCCAUCUUCUUUCUGUCAUUUCCCAAGACCCUAAGACUUUUACCCCAGAACUACGCGUCAAACUCUUGCGCUCCCUUGGAUACCGCGUUCUUAGUGACAUUAACGACGCUUCUGUCGUCAUGCCAACCUCUCUUAUUGGCACAAUGCUUUUGACCAACCGCGGCCGUGGUAUUAGCAAAAAUAACCUUGUUCGUCGUGUUCGCUGGCUCAUGGCUCUCAUCAAGGUUCAUGGCGGCCAAAUUGGCGAGUUUAGCCAGCCCUCAAUUGAGUCUCUGGUAGACAACGGUCUCAAGGUCUUGGGCCCUGAUUUGGUUGGCGUUGAAAAUAAAGACUUGCUACAAACAACCUAUUACGCAAAGGACCCCUUCAAACUCUCCUACUACCGUAACCAACUUAUCCACCUUUUUGUCACAGAGGCCAUUGUGGCUGUAGCCAUCUAUUCAAAGGUCCUUAAUACCCCCAACUCUGAGGAUUUCAUCACUUACUCUGACCUCCUGGGACGUGUUACUUUUCUUUCUCGCUUGCUUUCAGGUGAGUUUGUUUUUGGACCCGAGGGUAUUCAAACAAACUUGAGCCAUACACUUCAGUCCUUAGCUGAACAAGAGGUUAUUGUUCUUGACAAACAAGCUGACCCAAGCAACCCUGCCCACAGGGAAACAAUUGUCCGCAUUUCUCCCAAGGAAUUAUCCCAUGGCCGUGAAAAUUUUGACUUUUACUGCUUUUUUGUCUGGCCCUUUGUGGAUGGCUUUUGGCUAACUCUUGCUGCCCUAUUUGCUCUUACUCCAACAUUGGAGCAAACUUCUGAGUAUAACGCAAAUAACACCAGUACUGUCGAACCUAGAAGUCGUGGUGAUAUUCCUCUUCUUUGGGUUGAAGAGCGUGUAUUUUUGAGCGGUGCCCAGAUUCUUGGGAAAACGCUUUAUCACCAAGGAACCAUCACUUACUACGAAGCCGUCAACAAGGAAAUGCUCAAAAAUGCUUUACUGCAGUACGUUGCUGAGGGAAUUGUUCUUCAGCGAAAGGCUGAAGGCAAGCCUACAAUGUAUGCCCUUCAUCCUUCAUGGCUUCCUUCCCGUUAUGAUAAUGAACGCCCAACUUUAAGCCAUGGUGCCCUCACUUACAUUGACUUUGAUGAUGACCCCCACAUGGUCCACGCUCUUCAUCGUGGCGACAUUGUGCCACAGGGCAACCUCUACGACUUUUCUGAAAGCGUUGCUUAUACCCGUCGUCUUAUUCGUCUGCGUCGUGACUCUCCAACUUUGACUGUGCCAAUCCUGCGUCUCGCGUCUUCACUUUUUGACGGUACUCAGCCUGACGCCAUUGUGACUACACCCUCAGCAAUAAUGCAGCCCAAUGCUGUAGCUGUUUCGAAAAAGAAAAAGUCCAAGAGCAAACAAGCUAAUGUCUUUGCGGAGAUUGUAGAUGGCAUUAGUUCGCGGUUUGUCACACCAGAAGCUUCUGUUAUUGUGCAGAGUAUCAACGAGGCCAGCCGCCCGGAAACUGAUAAUACGGCCGUGCGGGUUUCGCGGCCGUCAAAGACUUUGUACUCGGCCAAGCUAUAG